CUGGGCACCCGCGGCGACGCCCUGCACCUGCGCGCAGCUGCUCCGCGGGCCGGCCGGGCCCUCCGUGUGCUCCGGGCGGGCGUGACUCCGGAGAUUUCUGCAGUUUUGCGUCCAACUAUUUCGAUUUUUCCGACCUACAACGGGCUAUUUAGAGGUUUUCUUUUUAAACUGUGAUCCACAUAUCCACCUCCUUUAGGAGUCUUUCUGGGGGACUUCUUUGGACUUAAGGUGAAAAUCAAUAAAGAUGUUUCAGAGUUGGUCAGCCGUUUUGGUUCUUGGGUUUAUUCUCCUGGAAUCAGAAGGAAGGCCAAUGAAAGAAGCAGCACAUGGCCUUAAAUUCUAUCAACCUCUAACAAGACUGCGACAUAAGCAGGAAAAAAGUCAAGAAAGCUCAAGAUUCAAAGGAUUCCUGAUUCCAGAUGACCCGUUUGGAUCUUGUGAGAAUAAGUACUGUGGCUUGGGAAGGCACUGUGUGAUCAGCAAAGAGACCCGGCAGGCGGAGUGUGCCUGCAUGGACAUUUGCAGGCAGCACUACAAACCCGUGUGUGGCUCCGAUGGAGAAUUCUAUGAAAACCACUGUGAAGUGCACAGAGCUGCCUGCCUCAAGAGACAGAAGAUUACCAUUGUCCAUGGCGAAGACUGCUUCUUCAAAGGAGAUAACUGCAAGAUCAAUGCAUACAGCAAGAUGAAAAGCAUGCUUUUAGAUUUACAAAAUCAAAAAUACAUCACGGAAGAAAAUGAAAAUCCCAAUGCAGAUGACGUAUCUUGGAAGAAGCUGUUGGUGGAUCAAAUGUUUAAAUAUUUUGAUGCAGACAGUAAUGGACUUAUAGAUAUUAAUGAACUAACUCAGGUGAUAAAACAGGAGGAUCUUUCCAAGGAUCAUUCUGAAUGCACUUUGUAUGAUCUGGUGAAGUUUGAUGAUCUCAACGCAGACAAGCACCUGGCCCUGGAAGAGUUUUAUAGAGCAUUCCAGGUGAUCCAGCUGAGCCUGCCUGAGGACCAGAGACUGCGCGUCUCUGUGGCCACUGUGGGGCAGAGUGUGGUCCUGAGCUGUGCCAUCCAGGGAGACCCGCGCCCCCCCAUCAUCUGGAGAAGGAACAACAUUGUUCUCAACAACUUGGAUUUGGAAGACAUCAAUGACUUUGGAGAUGAUGGGUCUUUGUACAUUACUAAGGUUACCACCACUCACAUGGGGAAUUACACCUGCUACGCAGAUGGCUAUGAACAUGUCUACCAGACUCACAUCUUCCAGGUGAACGUUCCUCCUGUCAUCCGUGUGUACCCUGAGAGCCAAGCUAGAGAACCCGGGGUGACCGCGAGCCUCAGGUGCCACGCGGAGGGCAUCCCGGACCCACAGCUUGGCUGGCUGAAGAACGGCGUGGACAUCACGUCGAAGCUGUCCAAGCAGCUCACCCUGCAAGCCAACGGCAGUGAGGUCCACAUAAGCAACGUGCGGUACGAAGACACCGGCGCGUACACGUGCGUCGCAAAGAAUGAGGCGGGCGUGGAUGAAGACAUCUCUUCUCUGUUUGUGGAAGAUUCUGCGAGAAAGACGCUAGCUAACAUAUUAUGGAGAGAAGAAGGUCUGGGAAUUGGGAACAUGUUCUAUGUUUUUUAUGAAGAUGGAAUCAAAGUGAUACAGCCCAUAGAAUGUGAAUUUCAGAGGCACAUCAAGCCCAGUGAAAAGCUCCUUGGAUUUCAGGGUGAGGUCUGCCCCAAAGCGGAGGGAGAUGAGGUCCAGCGGUGUGUGUGGGCCUCCGCCGUCAACGUCAAAGACAAGUUCAUCUACGCUGCUCAGCCAACGUUCAACAGGCUCCUGAUUGUGGAUGUGCAGUCCCAGAAAGUGGUUCAGGCGGUGAGCACAGACCCCGUCCCCGUCAAGUUGCACUACGACAAAUCACACGACCAGGUCUGGGUGCUGAGCUGGGGCAGCAUGGAGAAGACAUCCCCGACCUUGCAGGUGGUGACCCAGGCCAGCGGGAACGGGCCCCACCACACGGUGCACACGCAGCCCGUGGGCCACCACUUCGACCGCGUGGACGACUUCUUCAUCCCCAGCACGACCCUGCUCAUCAAUCACGUGAGCGGCACCCGGCGCGUGCAGGCCAGCGGCCUCUUCGGCCAGUACCUGCUCACGCCGGCCGCCGACUCGCUCUUCAUCCUGGACGGCCGGCUGGGCAAGCUGAACUGCGAGAUCACCGACGUGGCCCAGGGCAACACGCUGGUGUGGGUGGGCGAGGCCUAGCCGGCCGCGCGGUGUGCCCCGAGCGGGCGGCGCGGCUGCCAAAGACGCCUGCAGGGACGCGGGCUUAGACACUGUAAGGAGCGUCCAGUGAGAAUGACAGAGCGCAGAAGAGUCUAGUGCGCAGUCACGCUGUAAACCAGUAAAGUAGUACCCUAAAUGCUUUCAAAAGUGACUCACCUGCAGGGAAUUUCGGAUGACGUAAGCAUCACUUACUGUUGAGGGGCGUGUCUAAUUUGUACUCUGGUACACUUAAACCAGAAAUGAAAGGUAGUGUGGAAAUCUAAAACGCUUAAUUCAAAAGAUCCUGUCCUGUCCACUGUUUAUAAUCUUUUGUGCCUUGAAGGGAAUGUCACAGAAGGGAAAGGAAGCCGAGGACCUGCAUAGUGAGCACCCUCAUCGCUAUAAUCUGUUGUCGUUUGGAACCGCUUAAUCUCUCUCGCGUCAACCUGCCUUUAGUCAUCUGUCCGGCCCUCUGUGAAAUCUCACUCGAAGGCACAUGCUGGCCCGAGGUUGCACACGGGUGACAGACCCUAUCUGACAUGUCCUCUGUAACUGCAGCAUGCUAUAGACAAUGGAGACGCAGGGAGGAAAAAUAAAUAGGGUAAAAAUGUUCACGGUGUGUGAACCACUGUUUGCUUUCGGUCCCUGGGUGCACUGUAUUUUUAAUGCUAUUGUGUCCGGGAUUCCAGCCGCGUAGAGAUGCCUCCUUCACUGUCAGCUGAAUAGAUUCUCUUCAUGUAGCCCCGCUUUCCACAGUCAGGAACCUUCAGUUCUAAAAAAGAAACAUCAACUGUGUCUGCUUAAAUAAUUCAAACGUGGGGAAAUUAAGAUCAGUGAGAGAAAGCCCAACAAGGGAGCUCGUGCUGGGGAGGAUUAGUGAUAGGAUUUAGGAACAGGGGGCAGCCCCAUGAUGGUGAACGAAGACGUACUUCUCCCUUGCUUUUCCUAUUUAAAUGUAAGGCAUGGAAACACUUCGUUCUCAAUAAUUUCCAUCAGUGAUUUCUUCUAUUCAACUUCUCCCUAAUCCUAAAACUAUCCUCUCACUGUAUGCCGUAGUUGGAAACCUAACUAAUCCUCUUGUUGGAGACACUGCAGAGAAGUACAAAGUACUACUUCUUCCAUUUUUUUUAAAGGAAAAGGGAAGGGAGAAGGCUAUAAUAGAUUAACAUUAGAGAACUGGUUUACUGAAAUAAGCAGAUAAUUAUCCAGGCUUCAAGUAAUAGCUUACAUGUUUUAAGAUUUUUUUACUUCUUCUAAUUGUUACUAAGAAUGAUAAUGGGUUGUUGAAAUGGCCUCCAUUUAUUGAAGGUAAUCCUAUAAGGUCUUUUUUAGAUACAAAUUUUAUUCAUUUGAACUGUGUAAAACUGCAUAGAAACCUGCAAUUUUAUAGUAUGCAAUAUCUUAUGUGUACAUAGCAUCCUGAGCUGUGAUGCAGUGAUUUCUCCUUAGCUUCAGGAAACAUGAAAGAUAAAUUUAACAGACAGCGAAGAUCAGCUUAUCUUUCUAUUUAUUGAAUCUGCUUUACUUUCUAGUAAUAUUCUCCUGUGCAAACAUGAACCAGAGCAGGUGUCUGUGACUUCAUGAUUUAACCCGUGUCUGCUGCACACGUCCUUCCUUCAUGACUUACGCCAUGUGGCUGCUCUGUCUGUAGAUAUUGCUUGAUAAAAGAAUAAACCUCUUAUGUUUUAA